UGCGUAUUCAUUGAAGGUCUCCCGUGUCACAUAGCGCGUGCACACGCAAAAACACAACCCACUAAAACGAACGUUCACCGAGAUUUCUGUUCCAAAGAAGCAUGGCUGCUCGGUCGAUUAGUAACUAGAACAAAUGCUAGCCAUUUUAUGGAAUGAGCCAGGCUAGCAAGGCGACCUCUGAUCGCCUUGAAGGUUUUAUCUGCCCCGCAUGCUUGGUGGAUUUCCCAAGUGCCGCCAAGGUGCAAGACCACUGGUCUAGUUUUCACAGUUCGAAGGAAGGGCAAAGCAGUGAAGAUGGGAGGGAUAAUGACGAAGUUCCUGGUAUUGGACCGCCACAGCUAACAGAGGUAAAAAAUGGUGGAAAGCAAACACCGCAUGUUUUCAAAUCAGGAGUGUUCCAGCUCCCAGAGAGGUGUAGGGUGUGCAGUGAGACCAUCAGCAAUGAAGGGAGUUACUGUGAAGGAUGUGGUCACAUUUGUCACAAGAAAUGUGAGAGCAUGGUGAAAACAAAAUGUCCAAAUGUAACAGCUAUCUCCACAAAUCCAAACUAUAAGACACCAAAAGGAAUUUUCAAGCACUUACAGCAUAUUGUAUCAAAAGGCAGGGUUCGACAUGUUGACCAUGAGUUUGACCUUGACCUUACCUAUAUUACAGAGAGAAUUAUUGCCAUGUCAUUUCCAGGCACGGGGCUGGAAUCUACCUACAGGAACAACCUACGUGAUGUAGCUAAAAUGCUACAGAGGAAGCACCAGGAUAAAUAUAUGGUGUUUAACUUGUCAGAGCGUAGAUAUGACAUAUCAAAGCUUAAUCAUCAGGUCCUCGACUUUGGCUGGCCAGAUCACCUUGCUCCGCCCCUAGAAAGACUCUGUAGUAUCAUCAAAUCUAUUGACUCUUGGCUGAAGACAGAUCCUCAGCAUGUUGUGGUGGUUCACUGCAAGGGAGGGAAAGGCAGGACUGGAGUGGUUAUCUCAGCGUAUAUGCAUUUCAGCAAAAUGUGCUCAAGUCCUGAGGCAGCCCUGGACUGGUUUGCAAUAAAACGUUUCUAUGACGACAAGUUGGGUGGAGUAACACAGCCAUCACAGAGAAGAUAUGUGCACUACUUUAGCGACUAUUUGGAGGGAAAGAUAAAGCUGUCAUCUGAACCCAUGUUUCUUCACCACGUCAUUGUCCAUGGAAUUCCUAACUUUGACAGCAAAGGAGGCUGCAAACCGUUCCUUAGAGUUUAUGAUGGUUUGAAGCUGGUGUACACUUCUGGAGUCUUUCUCGUAACACAGGACAUGGAACGGGUCUGCAUCACCAUCGAGGGAGGGCUGAUACUACACGGGGAUGUCCUGAUCAAGUGCUAUCACAAGAACACCCUGUCCUCUGUCCGCGAUAUUAUCUUCCGCUGUCAGUUUCAUACCGGCGCCAUCAAAGACUGUGUGUUGGUGCUUGAUAAGACUGAUCUUGACGAAGCCCAUAGAGAUAAGCGCUUCCCUGACAACUGUAAAGUAGAAUUCGUGUUCUCUGCCACAGGAAGUUUUGUUGCAGAAAUCAAGGACGACGUCCGUCUACAGUCGAUCAUCCGCCAUUCGCUACAACCGGUGGAGAACCCGGACACCGUUCUCAUGUACACGUCUAAGGAAGAAUGCAUGGAAGACGAGUGGCCUUCAGAGGGCUUGGACGACACCUUACCAGAUCUUGAGAAUCUGAAUUCGACAGGAAAGCCUGACUUCACGACAAGAACGACAAGUAACACAAGAUCUAGAAAUCCCGCUGCCGGAGCCCCGGCGUAUGUUGCCGGUCCCGUGGAUGGAAGCCUGUACGCCCAGGUCGACAAGAACUUGAAGAAGCAUAUCCGCUCCCACAGUCUGGACAGCGGGAUUCAAACCGCCGCUGACCCUUACGAGAGACGGGCUCAGACUUUGAACUACAAAUCACGCAAUGCAGUUCGUGUGCAAUAUCAGCCAAGACAAACAGCGACACUAAACAGGCUUCAAUUCCAGAGUAACACUCGCUCGGACAAAAACGCAAUGGAGACCGACUUAGGCGGAAAGAUCCAAUCGAUUGACAAGCUCCUUCGGGAGCUCGGAGAGUGCUCGGACCUACUCGAUACUACAAUAAUGAGCGGAAAGAAGGCGUCGGAGCGCCCCGAACAGUCCCCGACGGCCUUAGAGGAAAUAUCGAUUGCUCAGAUGGCAACGAGACAGGAAAAUGCUCGCGGGAAAGCGUACCCACCAACUCCGUUAAGGCGGCACGCGAGUUACGACGCCACCGAGAAAUACCAAGUAGUGCCUUACAAGCUUGCGCGUACUACAUUCUCAGGCGGAGACGUCCAGAACGGCAUCACGCCCUCCUACAGGCAACGACAGGAGAACGGGGGGGUCCCUGGGGCACCCCAGAACACUAGUAGCCCUAAAAUUGCCCUUCAAAAGACGCCCUCCACUAAAGUGACUCCCCCUUCGCCGACCCAUAUAUCGCCCAAGUACUAUGCGACACAAGUCACAUCCUCCACCCCCUUGGUGCAACCAGGGCAAACUGUUGAAGUGAACUUUAUGAACGGCGUAGGGAACAUAAGGCAGGCAAAGAUUCCAGCGGAUAUCAAUAAUAACCCCGACGAUGAGAUCGACCCAGAUGCGGCGAACUUUAGCUUCCGAGACCCAGAGCCUGAGCCGGAAUUCACCCCGGAGAAAGGUAACGUGGCUGCCAAGGUGGCGUUUCUAUCGGAGAUCGUGUUCCCUGGCUCACCGCCAUUGCAUCCUCCGCGCAAGGGCACGGUACCGAUGCCUGGCCUCGUGAGCAAGUCGCCCUCAGAGGUAUCCGAGGAGAUCUCUAAGUACAACGCCACCUCGCUGGCUCCCGGUGAGUUGAGUCACAGCACGGGGAUGCUUUACCGCGGUUGCGUCCCCAAGCACAUAUCAGAGCACCACCCCGGCUCCUCGCGCAGUCUGGAUAGCUUGCCCAUUGAUCCUGAACUUGCACUUAAACUGCAGUUUGCUAAGGAGAGAGCCUCGGUCGAGGCGGCUGAUAGCUCUGAAGCGUUCCCGCCUCCUCCACCGCCCUUGGCGGAAACCAACGAGUUUGAUGAAGGCAUCAGCUCAAAGGCUGACACAGAUGAUACGCCGAGAUCUGCACCCUCGAGCAACAGCGAAGCCAACGUGGAUAUAACCUCUGACCGCCCGCAGGCGCAAGAGUUCGCCCCAAUCCACCUGACGAUCGCUCCUGUGCAGGAGGCCGAGGUCGAGGCUAAGGUGGUGGUGCGCGGGCCACGAAUUAGUAAUUUGAUUGACAAGAUGAAGGAAGAUGAAGAAGAUGGCUACGCUGAGCUCGAGGAGGUUCAGCGGCCUGUCGGACGGAAGGUGGACGGCACCGGACACGUCUCCAGACCAAGCCCUCUUGUCAUCAGUGAAGGGAUCCCGUCUUCGCAAACAGCUGAAGUAUCCUCAGAACCGACCCGAGGCCCAGGCCCCCUGGAGGCCCACGCGAUUGACGGCAUCAUGUCAGAGAUGGCGGAUAUCUCCAUCCAAUCAGAAGCAUCUCUGAGUCACGAGACCCCAAGCACUCCACAAACUCCUCGAAGCCCAACCUCGUCCAUGUCCGGUCCAUUUGACAAUGCUUUCGGACGAAAACGGUCCCCCUACCACUCGGACAAGGGGUAUAGCUCCAAUACCAGCCUGUCUUCAGAGUCAUCCGAAGAUGUCUUCUUGGAUCUGAGGACAGUCCCGGGCCUCAAGUUUGACAAGGAUAACUCUGAAUUCUGGUACAAACCGAAGAUCACAAGAGAUCAAGCAAUCAAUGUGUUGAAGGACAAGGAGCCUGGCUUGUUCGUGGUGCGGGACAGCCAGUCCUUCCCUGGCGCGUACGGCCUGGCUGUCAAGGUGGCCAUCCCCCCUCCGCAUGUCCUGCAGGGGGAUCUCACUAAAGUCGAUUUGGCAAAUGAAAAGAUCCGACACUUCCUGAUCGAGUCCACGAAGAAAGGGGUCAAGCUAAAGGGGUGUGACAACGAGCCAGUGUUUGGAAGUCUAGCCGCUUUCGUGUUCCAGCACACCAUAACACCACUAUCACUACCCCUGAGGCUUGUUAUCCCAAAUGAAGAUUUAAUGCCGGACCAGGACGAUAAGCCUGAUGGCCCGCACUUGCCUCUCUCACCCACCCAAGAAACUAUGAAGGUGAUGUUUGUCGGUGAGAGUAACGUCGAGAUGUUAUCGGGGUCGACUGCUGUACAGCGUACCGUGGAAGAUCUGCUCAAAUAUAAGGCCACGCCCAGAUUCACUCCCGCAAGCUUCAAGGUGACCAGAGAAGGAGUCACCAUUACAGACUUGGAGCGCAAAGUAUUCUUUAGAAAACAUUUCCCGAUGACUUCAAUUCUACACUGCGGAAUAGAUCCCUUGGAUCAAAGAUGGGACUUGCAUUUGCCUGACUACACUGGGAAGUCCAGGACGUUUGGAAUGGUAGUUCGUAGAAUAGGAGAAGCUGGAAAUGACUGUCAUUUGUUUGCUGAAGUAGAUGAUGAUCAUUCUGUCAAUACAGUAAUCAACUUGGUCAACAAAUACAUCUCUAAUCCAUCCUAACAAAAUAAUGGAAUCAUCACAGGGAAAAUAGACGAUUGCCUGCAAAUAAAUAGGAGUUCUCUAGUCUGUCAUUGAAGGGGAUUUUUUAGAACUUCCUGAAAUCAACAUUUGACUUACUUGAGCUAGGAAUGGUACAUGAAUAGUAUGGCAUGUUACAUGCAAGAAGCUAGGAUUUGCUGAGGGUUGACAACCCUUCAGUAAGAAAUUCCCCACUUUUAGGUGUGGAGGUGCCUGUGUGACCACGGCGCAGCCCCCUAAAUAUGUGCCUGUGUCUGAAGAAGUGGUUUAUUUCUGUUGAUUAGAGGUUAUCUUUUUUAUCAAAUGUAGUGGGGGUGAAUGAAUAUAAUUCUGUUGACAUAAAAAUGAGGAAUUCUAAAGGAUAAAAAACCUGAUAGAAAAUUUAAUCUCAUGCAACUACUAUAUAGUCAGCUUAACAUGCUUUUCAUGGCGAUUGUCUUAUAGAGGGCACACAGAGAUCCUGUUGAGGGGGGGGGCAUGGAGAGCAUAAAUGCUCUGCAUUCUCCCCUCCCCCAUCCAUACUGAGUCAUAUACUGAGGCUGUCUGCCUUAUCAGCUUUCUUAGCUUCACAGCUCUCUUUGUUAAGUAUUUGUCAUAUUCUCAAAAUUGAAGUAAAGAGUUACCAUCCAUUGCCUAGGUGGAAGUCUAUAUUGCAGAAAGAAAUGCCGUGUACAGAGGCAGGGGGUGCCGUGUACAGAGGCAGGGGGAUGCAGUGUACAGAGGCAUAGCAGGGGGUGGGGGCAAGUGCCCCUCAAAAUUUUCUUUGUCUGUAUCGUCCCCCCCCCCCAAUAUUUCAAGGCCUACUUAAAGCUCGUAUAGGAUUGGCCUAGGUUACGAUAUACUUAUUUUGCUCUACCAACGAGGUGAUAAAAUUCCAUGUAAACCCAAGAUUGUCAUAUACUCCUAUGUCAAUUAAGUUUGUGCCAACGAAGCAAUGUAUUGUAACCGGCAGUUGUUAAUGGGUAACAACAUAUAAAUGGCUGAAUCCUGGUCUCUGAACGCCAUGUGAAUGCUUAGAGGCACAUGAACAAAAAUGCUAAGCUUUCUAAACCUAUGUUUGUUAUUAUUUACACUUAUUUUUAUUUGAUACCCAUAAAUAACUGUGGGUUACAACACAGAUUCUCCAAGUGCAACCUUUUUUGAAAUAGGUGCAUAUCUAAUUUAGUAUUUUGUACAUUAAAGAUUUUUUCCCAGCAGAGUAUUAGAAUGUAAAAUCAAAGUGACAGAAGACAUCCAUCUUACAGGAUUUAAUUUGUCACUAUUAAAAAGGAAAUGGUUUCUAUAUGUAAGAAACAUAUAUGAUAUUAAUAAAAGGUACUGGUCAUAUUA